UCAUAUUACUCCAUAGAUUAUCAUUGAGUCGUGAGUCGUCUAUAACGAGCCACGUAGCCUUUUUAAAUACUACCAAAAUAGAAAUAAUUUUGCCAAUUGUAACUUUUAGAUUACAAUUUCAUCUCUUUAGAUCUCCAUUCUCCAGUCUAGUUUGUUGUUAGACGGGUUUUUGUUUGACAAAAAUGAACUCAAUGGCAUUACUUUCCCCUGCUUUCGCCACCACAAAAACACACAACACCAACACUUGUUAUCAGCUACAUAAAAAUCAUACGAGCAUAAACAAACAUUAUGAACCAGCAACCAGAGUAAAUGCUGCACAUCCUCAAUCUGCUUUGUUGCAGACUGAAAUCGACAAAUCGAAUUCGCUACAAAGAAGACAAGUGAUUGCUAUUGGGACGUUAGCUAGUAUUCUACUGCCGUCCCAAUUUGCAGAAGCUUCUUGUGAAUUGACUACAUCUCCUUCCGGUCUUGCUUACUGUGACCAAAUUGUUGGCACUGGUUCUCAAGCUGCUCAAGGCCAACUUAUCAAGGCCCAUUACGUAGGUAAAUUGGAAAAUGGUAAGGUCUUUGAUAGCAGCUACAACAGAGGAAAACCAUUGACAUUUCGUGUAGGUAUUGGGGAAGUAAUCAAAGGAUGGGAUGCAGGAAUAUUAGGAAGUGAAGGUGUCCCUCCUAUGCUUGCUGGGGGAAAAAGAAUGUUGAUGAUUCCUCCAGAGCUAGGAUAUGGCAUGAGAGGAGCUGGUUGUAGGGGAGGUAAUUGUAUUAUACCUCCAAAUUCCACCCUAUUUUUUGAAGUGGAGUUCUUGGGAAAUGUCAGAUAAAUGCAACUUUCUAUUAACUCACAUUGUCAAAAUAUGUUUCGGAUACAAGUUGUAUCA